AUGUCCGGUUACGAUCAAUACAACCAGAGCGGCUACGGCCAGCAGGGCUAUGGCCAGCAGCAGCAGCCCUACGGCCAGCAGGGCUACCAACAGGGUGGCUCGGACUACUACAACCAAGGCCAACAGGGUCAGGGCCAGUAUGGCCAGCAACAGAGUGGCUCGUCGGAUUACUACAACCAGGGCCAGCACGGCCAGCAGCAGCACGGCUAUGGCGAGAACUCCCAGUAUGGUCAAGGUCAAGGCCAAGGCCAAGACUACAACCGCCAAGGUGGCUACGAGCAGCAGGGUGCUCCCGGUGAAGCCCAGGAAGGCGAGCGUGGUCUUGCUGGUGCUCUCGCCGGUGGUGCCGCCGGUGGUUUCGCCGGUCACAAGGCUAACCACGGCUUCCUCGGAACGAUCGGUGGAGCCAUCAUGGGCAGCAUUGCCGAGGACGCCAUCAAGAAGCACCGCAACAACAACCGUGACGAGAGCCCCAAUGGCCCCCCCCGGCUACGGUGGCAGCGGCUACGGAGGUGGUCCUCCCCCCUCCAACAGCGGUAG